AUGGCCGGCGGCGGAGGAAAAUACCGACACCUGGGUCGCAAGUCUUCGCAUCGACAGGCUUUGCUGCGUAACUUGGUCACCUCACUCUUUGAGAAUGAAUCAAUCACAACGACAUGGGCCAAGGCCAAGGAGGCUCAACGAUUGGCAGACAAGUUGAUCACAUUGGGCAAGAAGAAUUCUGAGGCGAGCCGAAGACGGGCACUGGAGAUUUUCUACAAACCCCAUUCUAUCAUCCCCAAACUUUUCGGUCCUCUCCGCGAACGCUACGCCGAACGUCCUGGUGGAUACACCCGCGUGCUCCGUGUCGAACCGAAGCAGAAAUACGAAUUUUACUCCGUCCCCAGGGGUAAUAAGAAUGCUGUUCCUGAGCGCAAGCCCCAGGAUCAAGCCCCUAGCGCCAUUUUGGAACUCGUGGACGGCCCCAAGGACAUGCGAUUUGCCAUGACUGCUCGUACUCUAGCGCACCAACGUGAGCGCGGUAUCGAGCGCUUGAAUCAGCUCACUGCACUGAACGUACGAAAGGUCACCCGAUUCAGGAAAGACGGUAUUGAGGUGCUGGAGGAUGCGAUCUCGAAGUUGAAGAUCUCAAAGUCUGGCUCAAAGAAGCCCGAGACUGAGGCGAAGAAGGCCGAUGCCUCAAAGGAAUAG